UCAAAUUCAGGCAGUCCCAACCUGACCUUCAAGCACUCGGAACCCUAAAGAAAGUCGGGGACUGUUGAAAACAUACAUUUCAACUUUUACUAUAAUAACCAACCACCAGCUCUCACUUUGGUUGCCUUAUCAUCUGGACUACUUUUCUGCAAGACAUUAGCAGAGUGGAGAGACGUUGUUGAGAUUUUCCUCAUUCUCUGUCUAUCGUAUUGUAUUUUUUUUUUAUUCAGUUGCUUGCAGUUGCAAGGAAGUGAAGCUUUUCCAUCUGCGUGAACCUCUCGCUCUAGAUCUACUCGGAUGAUCUGAGGCUUCGGGGGGACUGUAUAUGGAAGUUGUGGGGUGCAAGGCAGAAGAGAGCAGUUGCACAUUACGUCCAGCAGCCAUGCUUUUCCACGGGAUCUCCGGGGAUCAUAUUCAAGGAAUCAUGGAGGAGAUGGAAAGGAGAUCUAAAACGGAGUCUCGUCUGGCGAAAGGCGUUCAAAUGAACGGAAGGGACACGUGUAUGCCCUCAAUGAGCCCAGAGAAGCCGGCCCUGUGCGCUGGUUGUGGCGGUAAAAUCUCCGACAGAUACUACUUGCUGGCCGUGGAUAAGCAGUGGCACCUGAGGUGUCUGAAAUGCUGUGAGUGUAAACUGGCCCUGGAAUCUGAGCUCACGUGUUUCGCAAAGGAUGGCAGCAUUUACUGCAAAGAGGAUUACUACAGGUUCUCCGUGCAGAGAUGUGCCCGCUGCCACCUUGGGAUUUCGGCCUCGGAAAUGGUCAUGCGCGCCAGGGACUCGGUGUACCACUUGAGCUGCUUUACUUGUACCACAUGUAACAAGACCCUGACCACUGGCGACCACUUCGGCAUGAAAGAUAACCUGGUGUACUGCAGGGUCCACUUCGAAACCCUCAUCCAGGGAGAAUACCACCCCCAAUUAAACUACACUGAAUUAGCUGCCAAAGGUGGGGGGCUGGCAUUGCCUUAUUUUAAUGGCACUGGCACGGUCCAGAAAGGAAGGCCACGGAAAAGGAAGAGCCCGGCCAUGGGGGUAGAUAUUUCAAGUUACAACUCAGGUUGUAAUGAAAAUGAGGCUGAUCACCUGGACCGAGACCAACAGCCUUACCCUCCCUCCCAGAAGACCAAACGUAUGCGGACAUCCUUUAAGCACCACCAGCUCCGCACCAUGAAGUCCUACUUUGCCAUCAACCACAAUCCCGAUGCAAAGGACCUAAAGCAACUUGCCCAGAAAACUGGGCUCACUAAGAGAGUUCUUCAGGUUUGGUUCCAAAACGCAAGAGCCAAAUUCAGAAGGAACGUUUUGCGACAGGAGAAUGGGGGUGUUGAUAAGGCAGACGGCACGUCACUUCCUCCGCCCUCGUCCGACAGCGGAGCUCUCACCCCACCCAGCACUGCGACCACACUAACAGACCUGACCAAUCCCUCUAUCACUGUAGUGACUUCAGUGACCUCUAGUCUGGACAGCCAUGAAUCCGGGAGUCCCUCACAAACUACCUUGACAAACCUUUUCUAACGAUUUUUUUUUAAGUAACCAGAGACAGUCCUUGGGAGAGCAAAUAAACAAAUGUUCAAACACGACUAUUGGUGUGUAGCAUUUGCAACCGCUUGGCAGCUGAGUUUGUAGUGUAUUCAGCGAUUUGUUAUGUCGAGAAAUUUGAAAGUUUGACAUCAUUGGUAAUUAUGUAAAAGGAUCACAUAUUCAUUUCUGGAAAACCCCCAAAACAACCGUGUUAAAAAGUUAAAUGAAACACAGAACAUUUGAUUUGUUCAUUUGAUUUAAUUCAGAAGUCUGCAUUGACUACUUCCAAAACCCCUUGAAGCUAUUGUGUAAUUUCUUUCAUUCCAAAAUGUACUCAUUAUAUAUAAAUAUUAUUUAUCUUGCCCACAAAGAUCUGUAUGUAUGUGGUAUAUUGGCAUCAUCCUAUGAAGGAGUAUUCUAAGAUUUCAAAUCGGACACUGUAAAAUAUUAAUUUGUAAAAUAUCUGCAAAACAUCAUUCAGAACCAACAUUCAUUUCAUACUCUUUCAAGGAUUAGAUUUUCACGGGUUAUUGGACCAUAGAAAUUAAAUAGCCUCUAAAUACGAAUAAUCAAGCUAUUGUCUACAUAUUCAUGUCUACAAAUUGAAAUUGUAUAUGUUAGUGAUAUGCAAUUGUAAAGUGCAAAGGAAUGCAGAGUACCCCAAGAACCACAAUUCAAAAUGAAAUUGUCAAAAUUAGAGCCCUAAUUAAAAUGUACAUACCCAUAACCUUAAACUCAAACACCAGGUGGAUGCUAACCUCAAUAUACAUUUUGCUUUGGUUCAACUGUAGCAGGAAGCUAACAGAAUAUAGAUCUGUACAGUGGUAAUUGUUCAGCAGGUGAAGUAGUUGCUUAGAUACAUUAUGUAUUAUUAUCAGAUAUGGUUCCACAAAAACAAUAGCAACAAAAAUUAAGAGAGCAGAAUUCUAAUUGGGUAACUUAACUUUCAGGAAAAGGGUGGGCACUGUUUUAAUUGAUUGUUUUUUUUUUAAUGAUAAAGCACUUUUAAUAAUCUUUAAUCCUCAUUAAAUACAAAAACACUAGAGUGAGUGGACUUAUCUGGAUUCAGAAUGCCAGUAGAAUUAGUCGUACGUUCAAUUGCAAAGUGACAAUAUACUGCCCAGAUGAAAGUGCAUUAUUAUCAUGUUGCUCAGGGUGAUAAGAAUAAGGACAAAAAUAAAUUAAAUUAAAAGAAGAAUAAAGCUGCAGACAUGUUGGGUUUAGGGCUGGUGAAAGAUUAGAAAGACCUCCGUGAGCUGGAAUGUUUUGAAUGAGCCAGUUGAAAAAAAAAAAUUCCAUCCACAUUUCUAUCUUUUUGGCCAUAUUAUCCUUUCUUUACGGACACUUGCCACUGAA